AAUGACGCCUCAGCCAUGAUCAUCUACUGGGACUGCAUCAGCCAAGACGAGAUGUUCUCGGACAUCGACAAGGUCAAAGAAGUGGCCAGCGGACUCUGCCUGGAAGUGGAACGGAAGAUGGUGAGCAGGAAAGAAGGUGAAAUAGAUGAUGCUUUAAUUGGUGGAAAUGCGUUGGCUGAAGGUCCAGAUGGUGAAGGGGCAGAGGCUACCGUUGUCACUGGUGUUGACAUUGUCAUGAACCACCACCUUCAGGAAACAAGCUUCACUAAAGAGUCUUACAAGAAGUACAUCAAGAACUAUAUGAAAGCAAUCAAAGCAAGACUUGAGGAAACAAAGCCAGAGAGAGUAAAGCUGUUUAUGACUGGAGCAGCUGAACAAGUCAAACAUAUCCUUGCAAACUUCAAAAAUUACCAGUUUUUUGUAGGCGAGAACAUGAAUCCAGAUGGAAUGGUGGCGUUGCUGGAUUUCUGUGAGGAUGGUAUCACUCCUUAUAUGAUUUUCUUUAAGGAUGGAUUAGAAAUGGAGAAAUGUUAACAAGAGACCAACCCU